AUGAACACGAGGGAGCGUAUCUUACAUCGCUUGUACACUUUUAUAUGUAGAACCAAACCACGACUGAACACGAGGAGACAACUCUGCAGUGCGUGCUCAAAUCAAAUAAUCGUAAAACAAACACUACCAUCACGAUCACAUCAAUGGACAUCCAUCGGACUAGCUGCUGCUGUAAUACUUGGUCUCACCACUAGUAAACCAUCAAUAGAAUGCUCACCAUCAUUCAACGGUGUCCCAGUUGCAGCAACAUUUCUGAUGCGACAAGCUGAACCAAUCUUCAACAAACACUUUCCCGGUCUCGAACUAUCUCCCGUAUUCGUCAUGGACGGUAUAAACUUUGGAUAUACGGAACAAUCCAUACUGGGGUGGGCAUCUACUGCUACUGUUGAAGUACCUGUGUAUGAGAGAUUGUCACAGACUGAGGAAGUUCGGCUGGGCACGUCGGGUUUAAGGAAGGGAGCUGUAGGAAAGGCGUAUAUAACGGGUGGCUGCUCGUAUGGGUGUGCUAAGGUGGUUAUGAGUGAGAUAAAGGUGGUCAAGAUGAAUGGGGAGGUUGUUUGGCAUUGGACGAGAAAGCCAUGA